AUGGCUCUUCUCCAGUUUCCUGACACAAGCGUCGAAAUCAGGCAACCGUCCUCCAUACUGAAGGGCUCACUUGUGCCAAGCAUACUUGGUAGCGAAGUUAUGCCACAUAGGGACUUGCUCCUUUUUGUGAAUGCAAAGAGGGACGAUAAUCUUAUGCUCGAUUUUCGUUCUCUCAUCUCUUCCUCUCGUCCCCAAGGUCCUCUCUUCCUCUCGUCCUUCUCCCCCGUCCCCAAGCUCCAGCUAGAGUGGUCGGCUGCGGCGGUGGCAGCAGCUCCUCAGUCGACUUCUCCGGCAUUUUUUCUGUCGAGGAAGAUUAUCAUAAAAGGUUGGAAGAAUGGCAAUAAACUCAGCCUCCUUCAACUCAAUCAACACCUAAUGAUAUGGCUUCAUUGUGGACAGAGGCAGCGGGUGGAGUAAACAAAAGCAGAGUCUACGGACUAGGAGUACAUCGACCUACUGGUCAUCCAAACCCACUCUUAGCUAAUUCUUCUUCUUCUCAAAAUCAAGAACAAAUGGAAGAUAUGAGGUCGGAAAUUCGUGAUUUGAAGCAACAAUUGGACUCCCAAUACGGUAUAUUUAUUAAGAUGCAGAAAUUCAUGAGAAAACAUGGGCAUGAUUUAUCUGAUGAUGAGGAUGAACAAACUGAAUCUGAUGUAUAGUAGUUUAGUUGUAAUGUUUUGGUUGAUUGGUAAACUUGAUUGUGAGAGACAACUUUAUGUAUUAUUUUUAAACUUGAAUGUGGGCUACUAUUUGGAUGUUUUUUAUGCCCAAAAUUGUUAGGUUUAAUGGUUGGUAUAAGUUGUGUUAAUGGUUGGCAUUGUUGGUUUAGAUUGUGUUAAUGUGUUGUUGGUUGGUAUAUUGUAUUAAUGUAUCGUUGGUUUAGAUUGUGUUAA